CGGGAGGGCGGCGGCCCGGCCCCGCCGCCCCACGAGCCCAUCAGCUUCGGCAUCGACCAGAUCCUCAGCGGCCCCGAGCCCCCGGGGGGCGGCGCGGGCCCGGCCCGGGCGGCGGGCGAGCCCGACUACGGGCUCUACGGCGGCGGCUACGGCCCCGCCUGCUCGCUCGGCUCCUACAACCUCAACAUGAGCAUGAACGUGAGCGUGAACGUGACCCCCGCGCCCGCCGCGCCGCCCGCCGGGGUCAUCCGCGUCCCGGCGCACCGGCCCGCGCCCGCCGCGCCGCCCGCCGCGCCGCAGCCCGUGCCCGGGCUCUCGGGACUCACUUUCCCCUGGAUGGAGACGACGCGGCGCAUCGCAAAGGACCGGCUCUCAGCUGCGCUGUCGCCCUUCGCGGCAACCCGGCGGAUCGGGCACCCCUACCAGAACCGCACGCCGCCCAAGCGGAAGAAGCCGCGCACCUCCUUCAGCCGGGUGCAGAUCUGCGAGCUGGAGAAGCGCUUCCACCGCCAGAAGUACCUGGCAUCGGCCGAACGCGCCACCCUGGCCAAGGCCCUCAAGAUGACAGAUGCCCAGGUCAAAACCUGGUUCCAGAACCGCCGCACCAAGUGGAGGAGGCAGACGGCGGAGGAGCGCGAGGCGGAGCGCCAGCAGGCCAACCGUCUGAUGCUGCACCUGCAGCAGGAGGCCUUCCAGAAGAGCCUGAGCCAGCCGCUGCCCCAGGACCCGCUCUGCAUGCACAACUCCUCCCUCUACGCCCUGCAGAACCUGCAGCCCUGGGCUGAGGACAAUAAGGUGACAUCCGUCUCAGGGGUGGCCUCUGUGGUGUGAGCCCACUGCGGAGCAGAGGGGACUGCCUGGCCCCUGCUCCCUGGGGGCCUCGGACUCAGUGGAGGUGGUGGGCAGGAGGCGGCCAGCGGGGUCGGAGCCUGUACCUCCAUCCCCGUGGCAGGAAGGGGGUUUCUGUUUCCCAGGAAGGCUCCUGCAUGGCAGCCCCCUCCCCUUGCCUUCCCCAUACUGUGGCCAGCCCCACCUGGCUCCUGCCUUGCCGUCCCGGAGUAAGCAGCCAUCCCAGCCGCCCAGUGCUCCGGGGCGGUGGAUGAGCCCCUGCGGGUGGACUCCGAGGCUCUGCCGACCACUGACUUGAGUGCUGCAUGGCCAUGGGUGGCCCCUUUUCUGCCUGGAUCCUGCUGGGAAGCCCAGGGCUGGGGUUCCCCCAGGCCAUGGGUGCCUCUCCCUGCCUCCUGCUGCCCCUUUCCCAGGGGCUCCCAGUCCCAGCCCACUGCGGCAGGGAGUGGCUCCAGCACUGCAUGGAGAUGGUUCCCCUCGCCAGGCAGGUCACAGCACAGGGCCUGAUCCCCAUCAGCAUAUCCUCAGGCCAGGCCAGGCUGCCCUGCUCCCCACAGGGCUGAUCCAGUGCUGAUCCUGUCCUGGGAGGGAGGAUCCCAGUGUGGACAGGGAACCUGCCUUCCCAGAUUUACACAUUCCCAGUGAUGGAAAAUCUCCCACUGCCCUUGGUAACUGGUUCCAGUGGUAGAUUACAUCACUCGCAAACACAUGCCUUAUCCGAGUUGGAGUUUUCCAGCUACCUGGCUGGAAGAGGAGCCUCUCUCAGGCUGGCAUGGCCCCUGCUCUCCUCUGAGGGGCUGGACAGACAGAGCUUGUUUGCCGCCUGGCCUGGGCUCCCAGUGCCCCCAGACUCUGUGCCUGCUGGUUUGCCAGCUCAUGGGCCCAGACAUGCCAUUCCCGCAGUGGCACUGAUGAUGGACACAAGAUUCCCCGCCACAUCGGAGGAUUGCACCAGCUUUCAGGCCACAUCGGGCAGUUGUGCGUGGCCUACUGGCUACUCUCAUGCCUCACUCCAGCCCUGUGAGCCUCUGGUUCCCAGGACUCACUUCCCCUCCUGUCCAAGCUGCCUGUGUUUUGGUGAAGGACUGAACUUUUGGCCUAGUGUGACCUGGAGUUUAUUAGUCCCACAUGGAGGCAGAGGUGUCUGCCAGGGUUUUCCAGCUGCAGAAAUCUCCCUGCUCCAGCAACCUUCUUUCACUCUGGCCUGUGACACAUCCUUUCCCGUAAUGAUCCCCUGAGUGUCCCCUCUUCUCCUGUGAUGGGGCAAGGACCACAGGGCAGACCUCCCCAAGCUGAAUGAGGCUGGUCCCCUGCCCUACUCUCCCCAGGCCAUAGGGGCGAAACCCUCAAUCCCAGAUGGUCCCAGCCCUGACCCACUCCAGCCAGCCUUGGCCAUGCCAAGACUACCAGGAUGGGGCAACGCCCCUGACUGUGGCAACAUUAUGCCCAGCCAUGGGGAGCCCCAUCUGGGCCAGCUCAGGCCAUGGUCCACGGCAGUGCAUGGCCCCAACCCUAACACCAACUGCAAAUUUAAACCUUACCCUAACCCCCACUCAGACCUAAUCCUAACUCUAACCUCAACCUUAACCUCACUUCCUACUGUAACCCCAACUCUAACACUAGCCCAACUAUAACCCCAACCCCACCACCACCCCAAACCUAACCAUAAUACCAAUCCCCACUCCAGCUCCCACCCUAAUUCUAACCAUAACCCUAAUCCCAGACCUGGUCCCUACCAUAACCCCAAACUCGGCCUUGGCUCCAACCCUGACCCUCAUCCCAACCUCAAACCUAACCCUGACCCCUACUCUUGCCGUUAACCCCCACCUCCACCCCUAACCCCAGCGCCUCCCCCACCCCAACCCGCCCCGUCGCUGUCCAUGGUGCUGCCAGCGCUGCCCGGGGCUCAACGGGCCGGCGGCACCUGCGGGGCCCGGCGGGCGCGGGCG